AUGGUUUUUACCAGAAAAACACCCGAGCUUCUUUGUCCAGCAGAGACCACACCGCAUGAAUUCAAAUUUCUCUCUGAUAUAGAUGAUCAGACCAUCCUCCGAUUGUAUGUCACAACAAUAAAUUUCUACAAAAAGAGUCCAUCCAUGGAAGGGAAGGAUCCAGUGAAAAUUAUUCGUGAGGCUAUUGCCAAAGCCUUGGACUUUUACUACCCGUUGGCCGGGCGGUUGAGGGAACACACUGGUCGGAAGCUCGUGGUCGAAUGCACUGGCCAAGGGGUAAUGUUUACCGAGGCCGAUGCGGAUGUGACGCUACAACAUUUCGAAGAGGAUGGCCUUUAUCCUCCCUUUCCUAACUUGGAUGCCAUUACUCUUGAUGUGCCAAACAACCAAGGAAUGUUGUUUGAUAUUCCACUAUUGAAUUUGCAGGUUACAAGACUAAAAUGUGGUGGAUUUAUAUUUUCCAACUGUUUCAAUCACACCAUGAACGACGGUAUCGGCCUUUUCCAAUUUAUGUCCGCCGUGGGCGAACUUGCUCGCGGAGCGACGGCCCCUUCUAUUAGACCAGUUUGGGACCGACAUCUUCUCAGCGCUACCCAGUCGCCGUGCGUGUCGUUCGCACAUCGCGAAUAUGACGUCGCAUCUGGUACAAAUGGCGGACCCCACGUCCCGCUAGAUCAGAUGGUGGAACGCUCCUUCCUUUUCGGCUCGGCCGAAAUCUCCGCCCUGCGCCGCAGCCUGCCGCCGCAUCUCCAGCGCUGCUCCAAAUUCGACAUCGUGGCAGGCUGCACGUGGCGCUGCCAGACAAUCGCUCUCUCUCCCGAACCUGACGAAGAGAUUAGAUUCAUAGGCAUUAUGGAUAACCGGAAGCAAAUAAAGCCACCGCUUCCGGUGGGGUACUAUGGCAACGUUUUAGCAUUGCCGGUGGCAGUGACAACUGCUGCUGAGUUGUCAAAGAAUCCACUGCACUACGCGGUGGAGUUGGUGACGAAGGCGAAACGUGAAGCUACAACUUAUGAGUACCUGAGAUCCGUGGCGAGUCUGAUGGUGAUGCGAGAUCGCCCUAAUUUGACGGAGACGAACACUUACAUGGUGUCGAAUAUGAUGCACGUAAAUUUAAAGCAAAUGGACGUUGGGUGGGGCACAGCGGCGUACGGUGGGAUGUCUAAAGGAAUUUUGUGGCCGACCGUUAAUAUACAAGUAGCUUGGUACUGUGGCUAUAAGGAUGGUUUUGCGGUUCCGGUUAGCCUACCCCUCAAAUCCAUGAAAGUCUUCGAGAAACAUCUUCGAGUGAUGAUGACUACCGCUCCAACACCUUCGUCUUUGUGA